UUGAGGUGGUAUUAGAACUAAGGAAAGAGGAAGAAUGAGUUGGAUUGUUGAGGUUGAGUCUCCGGUGGCCGCUCCACGGCUUUUCAAAGCUCUGCUCGAGUGGCACAACCUCGCACCCAAACUUACACCGGAGAUUGUCUCAAGUGCUCAAAUGAUCAUUCUCAAUGAAUCUGAAGGUGUUGGAAGUGUUCGGCAAUUCAACUUCACACCAGUGUUGCCAUUUGAGUACAUUAAGGAGCGUCUUGAUUUUGUCGAUUUGGAGAAAUUUGAGUCUAAGCAUAGCCUUGUCGAAGGCGGGGAUUUAGGGACGAAGCUUGAAAUGGCGACGACUGAGUACAAGUUCACUCCGUCUAGCACCGGAGGAUGUGCAGCUAAGAUGGUCAUGACAUACAAGCUUCUCCCUGGAGUCGAAGUCACCGAAGUGGAAGAGAAAGCAAAGGGGGCUGUCACAGCAAUAGUCAAGGCUGCAGAGGCUUAUCUCAUUGCGAACCCUAAUGCCUAUGCAUGA